AUGGCGUUCAGCUUUCCAGCCUUUUCCUACAUUAUAGCGUUAAUAGUCGACGCAUUCUUAAUAUUCUUCUCAAUAUUCCAUGUUAUUGCGUUUGACGAAUUAAAAACUGACUAUAAAAACCCUAUAGAUCAAUGCAACAGUCUUAACCCGCUGGUAUUACCGGAGUACUUGCUGCAUUUAUUAAUAAACGUGCUGUUUUUAUUGUCUGGAGAAUGGUUUUCACUGCUCAUAAACAUUCCAUUGAUCUUGUAUCAUCUGCACAGAUACUACACAAGGCCCGUAAUGUCGGGGCCAGGUCUCUACGACCCGACUAGCAUCAUGAAUGCUGAUGUACUAACAGUCUGCCAGAGGGAAGGCUGGAUCAAACUUGCAUUUUAUUUGUUAUCUUUCUUCUUGUAUUUAUAUGGAAUGAUCGUUGUGCUGAUAGCGGCAUGA